GCCUAAAUUUGUAGUUAGAGUCCACCACGUCUUCAUCUCCAUUUUCCAUCAUUAUUCAGUCACAUUUCCAGUCAUACCACAGUUGUCCCAAACACCUACCUUUUAUCAUAGUUCCUUCUCUCACUACUUUCUCUCUCUUCCUUCAUCUGCAACCUUCCUCUUGCAACAAUGGAGGAUCACUUCGGAGAAGAUGACAACGAUUUUCUACCUUCAACUUCUUCAUAUCCUCGUGCUCCCAAAAUCUUCGACAGAUUUGGUUCUUCUUCCUCUUCCGAUGAAGAUUUUUCUCCUACUACUUCAUCUGUUUCUCUCCAAAACUCUAAUUCAACCACUACCUCAAAUGGCGUUGUCAAAUCUGCUGGUAAAAAGAUCGAUUACAUGAUUCAGUUUCUUGAUCGCAAACUUUCGAAAGUUAAUAGUAAUAAUUCUAAUAAUGGCAGUGGUAAUUCUCCGUUACCGGAGUUUAUUGGUUCUGGUGGAGGAACAGGAAUUUUUAGGUUACCGGUAAGGUCGGCGGUUCGACCGGACCGGCCUCCGAGUGUUGAGGUUAGACCGCAUCCGAGGAGAGAGACUCAAGUAGGGCGGAAAUUGAGGACGAUUAUGUGUACUGAUAAGCAGUUAUGGAGUGGUGGAGAGAAUUCUUUGAGGUGUUGGGAGUUGUCGGAAAUUUUUUCUUCUCAUGAUGGUGAUGAUGAGGGUGAUGUGUGUAGAGGUGAGGUGAGGGCGGGGGAUGAGAUGACUUCGAAGUUUUGUGAGUCGGUCGAAGUGGCGGCGGAAGUGGUUUGUAUGGUUGGGGAUGAAGGAGGGAGAGUGGUGUGGAGUGGGCACAAAGAUGGGAAAAUAACGUGUUGGAGAAUGGAGGAUGGGAAGAAGAAUGGUUUUAAGGAGUGUUUGUCUUGGCAAGCUCAUAGAGGGCCGGUUCUUUCUAUGGUUAUUACUUCAUAUGGUGAUCUUUGGUCUGGUUCUGAGAAUGGCAUUAUUAGGAUUUGGCCAUGGGAAGCUAUCGUGAAGUCCCUUUCCCUAAAAUCCGAGGAAAGACAUAUUGCUUCCUUGGUAAUUGAGAGAUCCUAUGUUGACCUUAAGAGUCAAGUAACUAUAAAUGGUGUAUGCUACAUGUUUUUGUCAGACGUGAAGUGUUUGGUAUCAAAUCAUUCUACAGCAAAGGUCUGGAGUGCUGGUGUUCUUUCAUUUGCGUUAUGGGAUGCCCGAACGCGAGAAUUGUUGAAAGUCUUCAAUACCGAUGGCCAGACUGAGAGCUGGUUGGACAUCUCAUCAUUGCAGGAUUUGACAGCAGAAGAUGAAAUGAAGAUGAGGUAUGUAGCUGCUUUAAAGAAGGAAAAAGCUCAAGCUUCUUUUGGUUUCUUUCAACGCUCACGUAAUGCUAUUCUUGGCGCUGCUGACGCGGUUCGUCGAGCUGCAGUCAAGGGGGCUAUGGGAGAUGAUAGACGAACUGAAGCAAUGGUUGCAACAAUAGAUGGAAUGGUUUGGGUUGGGUGCAGUAGUGGUCAUCUUGUGCAGUGGGAUGAUAAUGGGAAUCGUCACCUAGAGCUCCAUUUUCAUCAUUCUGUUGUUCAGUCUCUUGCUACUUACGGUUCUAGAAUAUGGGUUGGUUAUUCAAGUGGCAUUGUGCAGGUGGUGGAUCUUGAAGGGAACCUGCUUGGGACUUGGGUGGCUCAUAGUAGUCCUGUGAUCAAAAUGGCUGUUGGUGGUGCUUAUAUUUAUACUUUAGCAGGUCAUGGUGGUAUAAGAGGAUGGAAUAUAACAUCUCCAGGGCACAUUGACAACCUGAUUCGUGCAGAGUUAAGUGGGAAAGAAUUUCUUUACACGAGGCUGGAGAAUUUAAAGGUUUUGACUGGCACUUGGAAUGUUGCUCAAGGAAGGGCAUCUUAUGACUCUCUUAUAUCUUGGCUUGGCUGUGCUUCAUCAGAUACUGAUAUUGUUGUUGUUGGCUUGCAAGAAUUAGAAAUGGGUGCUGGUGUUCUUGCAAUGUCUGCUGCUAAAGAAACUGUUGGAUUGGAAGGUAGUGCUGUUGGGCAGUGGUGGCUUGACACUAUUGGGAAUAUCUUGGAUGAAGGUUCCACUUUUGAGCGUGUUGGUUCAAGACAGCUGGCUGGUUUACUCAUUGCUGUUUGGGUGAGAAAGAGCCUUGAAGCUCAUGUUGGGGAUGUUGAUGCUGCCGCUGUACCUUGUGGCUUUGGACGUGCAAUUGGUAAUAAGGGGGCUGUUGGCUUACGGAUGAGAGUAUAUGGUCGAAUUGUGUGUUUUGUUAACUGUCACUUUGCUGCACAUUUGGAAGCCGUCAACCGUAGGAAUGCUGACUUUGAUCAUGUGUACCGAUCAAUGGUCUUCAGUCGGUCUUCCAGUUUCAAUGGUGCUUCCGGUAUUAAGCCAUAUCUCCUAUUAUCUUGCUCGGUUGCCUGCUUCAUAUAUUUAUCAUACUUUGUUUAUCGUUAUGGCUGGCCAUUGGCCGUUUGUCUUGCAGUUGGCGUCUCAUCUGGUGCCCAAAUUCUGCGUGGAGCUAAUGGUAUGAGCUUUCGCUCAGUUGAUGUAAUACCUGAGUUAUCAGAAGCAGACUUGGUCAUCUUUCUUGGAGACUUUAAUUAUCGUCUGGAUGGUAUAUCUUAUGAUGAAGCCAGAGAUUUUAUUUCACAAAGAUGUUUUGAGUGGCUCAGAGAGCGGGAUCAACUUCGAGCAGAGAUGGAGGCUGGGAGAGUGUUCCAAGGAAUGCGUGAAGCUGUUGUUAGGUUUCCUCCAACAUACAAGUUUGAAAGACAUCAACCUGGUUUAGCUGGUUAUGACGCUGGUGAAAAGAAGCGUAUUCCUGCUUGGUGUGACAGGGUAUUAUAUCGUGAUAGUCGCACUUCUUCAAGUUCAGAGUGUAGUCUUGAUUGUCCAGUUGUCUGCUCAAUAUCAGAGUAUGAGGCUUGCAUGGAUGUAACUGACAGCGAUCACAAGCCUGUCCGCUGCAAAUUUAAUAUAGAUAUUGCUCGUGUUGAUGAGUCAGUAAGGAGACAAGAGUACUGUGAAAUUAUUGAAUCAAACCCAGAAGUCCGUUCUCUGCUUCAGAAACUAUGUAGAGUACCAGAAACUAUUGUCAGUACAAACAACAUAAUUCUUCAAGAUGAUGGCAAAUCACUUCUGAGAAUUACAAACAAAAGCCCUUUUGAUAAAGCUAUGUUUACAAUUAUAUGUCUUGGUGAGUCCACCAUCGACACAGAUGGAGUAGCAUCUAAUCACAGUCCAAGAGGUGCUUUUGGUUUCCCACGAUGGCUUCAGGUAACCCCUGCAAAGGGUGUUGUUGAACCAGAUCGUACAUUGGAGAUCGAAGUUCAUCACGAGGAGUUCGAAACCCUAGUGCAGUUUGUUGAUGGUGUUCCUCAGAAUAGCUGGUGUGAGGAUGCGAGGGACAAGGAAGUCAUCAUGCUUGUAACAUAUCAUGGAAGUUGUUGUACUAAGAUUGGUACCCAUCGUAUACGUGUCCGUCACUGCUGCUUAACUAAAGAUAAAAACUCCAUAUUAAAACAGGAGAAUGAGGGGAGAGUCCAGUCAAAUCUCCUGCACAGGUCCAACAUCCAAAAUCUCAACACUUCACUCGACGUUUUUGACAAAUUACGUAAGCUUCAAUCUCCUUGAAACUGUUCAAACAACUUUUGUUAUGUUCCUAAACUCCUUCACCACUAUAAAUGUAUCUACACCAUCGAAAUCUUGGUCUUCGUUGGAAUUAGAAGACUGAGACCGUAGAUUUUGUUACUGUCCCUAACUAGCCGGGUUGCAGAGUUUUUGGCGAAGGCAGAUUGUCGUUUGUAAAUAGAACAUCUAUAUGGUGCUGAUUUGCAUUACAUCUAUUUAAGAAGUGUGCUGUUUGCUGAAGAAUCGAAGCCUGACUUCAUUUCAUGUGUACAGAAGGUAUGUAGAGUUUAAUGUCUAAUGUCUAAACACAUAAAGAAAGCAUAAAAGAAGCUAAAAUGUGUUUCCAAGAGUUUUGAAUUUUAUGUCAGUUGAACUAUAAUAAACACCUAUUGUAUUGUAGUUGACUUUUUUUUUUUUUUUUUUUUUUUUGAAGUUUUCUGAUUUUGUGAGAAUGAUAUUUUGGUUUUUAGUGAUUUUGUUCAUUAAUUAUGUAAGAGAAAAGGAAAGGAAAAUGGUGCAUAUAUGCUAAAAAGGAAAAUCGUAGGAAAACGCAUGAUGUUGAACUUUGUGUGUUUUUAUAUUGCAUAAAUUGAGAUUUCGGAGAAUAAUAAAUUUAAUUUAAUGUACAUAAAAGCUCAAGUCUGUAUUUUUUUUUAGUUGAAGUUAAUUUUUCUUUUUUUUACUUUUAAAGAUUGGAGGGAAUCAAAACAAGGAUAAUCAUUAAUCCAAAGAAAUGAAAUUAGUUAAAAAGUUUUUGAACUAAAUAAUAACUAAUGAACUUUCUUAACUCAUUUUAUUACAAUUUAAAAAAUCUAUAUCAAAAGGGGCUUAUAGUUGCCUAUAUGAGUAGGUUGUAACUCACUUUAAUUUUUUUGCAUAUACAAUUUUACAAAUUGUUAUAUAAGAUGGUCUCAUCAAAGGCCGUAUUUGUGCUUGGAUUAAAUAAUCCAUUUAACAUAUAUUAUAAGAAUAUGAGCUUAUUGUUUGAGGUUGUUUUACGGAGAGACGGUAUCUUAUAAAAGUAGUUCAUUUAAUUUUCUCCAGCCAUAAGUUUUAUUAAAACAUGGAAAGACAAAAAUACCCUUGCUUGUUAAUGUAGUGGUUUGAGUAACAAUGAGAGGAAUCAUCCGAAAGUUAAGGGCUAUUCCAUGUACGGAAAUGGAGCUGCUAAAGUAAUAGGAUGAUUUCAUACUUGGAGUAGAAAGUUGAAAGCGAAAUUCUAGUAUACCUUGUCAAG